CGCGCGCGAAUCGCGAUGAGGGCCCAUCUAGUCUACUAACUGUUGCUGCAGCCCAGCACGGUCCCUCCUGCUUUCUGCGGUCAAAAACAAACAGGCCAUUUCUGCUGUUUUCUUACCGACACUUGUCCACCUCGACAGUUCUACCGUCAUAUCAUCGACCGGUUAUCACAGUUACCCCUCAUCAUCAAUUGUACAUCCCGCCACGUCUCAAGAUGUCUGUCGUCUCCCUCCUCGGUGUCGAGGUCAAGAACAACCCCGCACCCUUCGACGCGCCUUAUGAGUUCGAGAUCACCUUCGAGUGCCUAGAGCAGCUGCAGAAGGACGUCGAAUGGAAGUUGACCUAUGUCGGCUCUGCCACAUCUAACGAAUAUGACCAAGAGCUUGACACUGUGCUCGUCGGACCUGUUCCCAUGGGCGUCAACAAGUUCAGCUUCCGUGCCGACCCCCCAGACCUAUCGCGCAUCCCCAACAGCGAGAUUAUCGGUGUGACAGUCAUCUUAUUGAGCUGCAGCUACCAGGACCGGGAGUUCGUACGCGUAGGCUACUACGUCAACAACGAAUACACAGAAGAGGCACUUGCAAGUGAGCCACCUGCCAAGCCUGUUAUCGAGAAGGUGCAAAGGACAAUCUUGGCUGAGAAGCCGCGUGUGACGCGCUUCGCAAUCAAGUGGGAUUCUGAGGAGUCUGCUCCUGCCGAGUUCCCUCCUGAGCAACCCGAGGCCGACCUUGUUGCCGACGGCGACCAGUAUGGUAUCGAAGAAGAGGAGGAAGAGGAAGAGGAGGAAGGAGAGGGUGCCGCCGUUGAAGGCGAGGAUGCUGCAAUGGCUGGUGCCGAUGAUACCGCAGGCCCUGCAAACGACGAAGACGCCGAAUCUGAAGCUGGCAGUGAGGAGAUCGAUAUCGAGGAGUCUGAGGACGACGACGACGAGGAAGAGGGCGAAGAAGGGGGUGACGAUGAUAUGGAGAUGGAUGAGGGGGGCGGCGAGAAGCAAGCUCAGCAGCCGGCUGCCCAGCAGCAACAGGGCACAGAUGUCAUGGUUCAUUGAUGAUUAGAAAUGGCACACAGUGGGGUCUUGGACAACUUGUGGAUACGCUGGUUGUUGGAUUCCUGAAAUGGUUUACGAGCGCAUGCUUUCUAGAUGAAGAACGAAAUUUCUGACCAUCUUGGUGUCCCGUUAAAUGAGUUUCCU